UGCAACGCAUUUUAUGGCGAGAAGACCCUUCACAGCCACUCGAUGUUUAUGAUCUUAACACCGUUACGUAUGGGACCGCAUCAACCCCUUUUUUUUUGGCUACGAGAUGUUUGCGACAGGUUGGUCUUGAUAUGUAAGGAAAGGAGAAUUAUAAGAAAGUGGGAACUAAAUAGAGAUGAAUGAUUCAUGAUAAUAUCAUGGAUCAAAAGGUGAGGAAUAACAGUAUGGGUAUGUUAAAAAUAAAUUCAUAGAAAUAAUUAUAAAAGUAUACUAAUAAAGGAUGAAUCGAAUAAUAAGGGUCAAAAAAUAAAGAUAUUAAUCAAGAUAAUUAAUUAAUAUGAUAGGAUGAGAAGACUGGACCAAGCUUGUCAAGCGGAACUCUGUGUUGAAAGAUAAUUUAUAUAAGUUAAUUAGUCUUUUAAUCUCGUGCAUUGAGAUAAGUGAAUCUGUAGGUGGAGGACAAGGUUUUAGAAGUGUGGUGCAUAAUAAUAUAAGACCCAAUAAAAUGUCGAAAAGAAUAUAUAAUAGCUGGAAACCAGAGGAUAUGGAGGAGGCCUUAAUUAAACUGCGAAAUAAUGAAAUGGGAUUUAAUGAGGCACAUAGGACUUAUAACAUUCCUAAACCAACCCUCCGCCGACAUUUGCGUGAAUUAAACACUCAUACAAGCUUUGGUAGACCAAAAGAUCUAACGAAAGAAAUGGAAAGGGAAUUAGUCGAACAUGUGCUUAGGCUGGAGCGUUUUUUUUUCGGGCUAACGGUCAAAGAUUUGAGGAAAUUGGCUUAUCAGUUGGCCGAAAAAUAUAACUUAAAACAUCGAUUGAACAGGACGAGAGAGAUGGCAGGGAAGAACUGGUAUUACAGAUUUAUGAAAGACAACCCUUCCUUGGCUUUACGAAUUCCAGAAGCAACGUCCAUGACUAGAGCUACUGCCUUCAAUAAAGAACGUGUAUAUGAGUUCUUUGGCAAAUAUGAACAAAUAUUAGAACAAUACAACUUCAGUCCCAAUCAAAUAUAUAGUAUGGAUGAAACCGGGUUAUCAACAGUUCACAAGCCAUCAAAAAUUAUUGCAGCAAGGGGAAAACAUCAAGUGGAUACAGUAACAAGUGGAGAAAGAGGAAUGACAACAACAUGCAUACGCACCAUGAAUGCAGCAGGUGAAUUUGUACCACCGGUGUUAAUUUUCAAACGAGCACGUAUGGAUGAUUAUUUGAAAUCAGGAGCACCACCCGGAAGUGUAUUUGCAUGCUCAAAAAGUGGAUGGAUAACUUCAGAACUUUUCCUUCAAUGGUUAAAACAUUUUAUUGCCUAUACACGAUUAGUGAAGAGCGAGCAAAAACAAAUUCUUUUUCUAUUAGACGGUCAUUCGAGCCAUACAAAAAAUAUUGAUGCCAUUAUACUCGCUUGUGAAUAUGGUAUCGUACUACUUUCGUUCCCUUCUCAUACGACACACCGCCUUCAACCAUUGGAUCUGUCCUUUUUUAAAUUUCUCAAAACUUAUUACAACGAAGCAUCAGCAGUUUGGCUAAGAUCACAUCCUGGUGAAACAAUUAAGCAAUCCAACGUUUCGGAGUUAUUGGGUAUUGCUUAUACAAAAUCUGCACGCAUGGAAAUUGCAAUGAAUGGGUUUAAAUGUACAGGAUUGUGGCCAUGUAACAAAUAUGUGUUUAGAGAUGACUCUUCUUUUGCAAUGGAUAGUGAUGACAAUACUUCAGUACCAAAACCCACUUUUACGGUCCAAAAUACGGAAUGCGAAAUAAUUGAUGCUGCAGAAGACCCUAAGAAAUCUCUUCCAUCAACGUCUCAAGUGACCUCAUCAAUUGAUAUUGAAACUCUUUCAAUUGAUAUUAUUACCGAUGAAUCCAUUAUUACCUUGCAAUCUAACCCGGCUGAUAAUGUAAAACAAAGCUUAAAUAUUAUUUCUCCAGUGCCAUUCUUGAAGGACACAUCGCGUAAACGCGCUUCUACUAUAGAAUUAACGUCGUCUCCAUAUAAAGAUUAUCUGCAAAAAUGUGGAGAACAAAAAGAGACGUCUGUAAAGCGAAAAAUAAUAACAGGAGCAUCCAAUAAGAAAAAAAAGAAUAAUAAUGAGUGGUAUUGUACUCUUUGUGAUGAGAAUAGGAAAGAUAAUAUGAUUCAGUGCCUAAAAUGCAAAAUUUGGAUGCAUGACAAAUGUGCUGAAGUGUCCAAAAAAGUCAAAAAAUUCAUUUGUACUAAUUGCAAAUAAAUAAAUUAUUAUUUAACUAAUAUCUACUCUGAUAUUGCUUUAUAUUACUAUAUAUUACUUUGGUAUAGAUACGACUUUGGGAUCGGAGGUACGACUUAACAAACCGGUUUGAUAAGUCGUACCGAUCACCUAUUUUUUUUAAUUGAUGUUUUACAGAAAUAUAAACAGUUCUGAUGCAUUAUUUUCAUACGAAUAAAAGCUGUAUUUACUAAAGUUGGUAUAUAUAUCGCAAAACCGAUAUUUUGUUGCAAAACUUUCA